AUGACAGUUGAUAGAAAUGGUCAGGAAGUUUUGGAUAUAAAUGCUCUGUAUUCUCGAUAUGGCCCACCAGUUUUUCAGCAACAGUAUCAAGCAAAUGGGUACACAAGUUACUACGGGCAAAAUUACCAGAUACAAAUUCAACCGGUGUUUGAGAAUAACCAAAAUGCACAAAUAAUUUCGUUCCCACAACCCUUAAGACGUUCACCUAGUGAACAAGAGCAAAAUCAAUUACAAGACGCCUCUACAUUUCAGCACAACUCGCUACAGCAACAUACCCGACUACAGAACUCGACGACAAUCAAUAAUAAUCUAUUGAAAAAUUGGAACGUGCAAAACAAAACGUCAACACCGAAACGAAAUCGAUUAGAAGUUAGCGAUGGUUAUAUUGGAGGUAUAAAACGGCAGAAUAAUCAAACCGUGAACCGUUUUGAUCGCCAAGCAUCAUCACCUCCACCACUUCCACAAAGGCAAUAUAAAGUGCGGUUCGAACAAAUGAGGCGCCCAGUGGCACAUAAUCUACCGUGUUUCACAAUCAACUUUACAGACAAAAUCAGAAAACUGUCCGUGGUUUAUAUCACUGAACAACUGUACGACUAUUUUAAGAAGCAAAAUGUCAAACUAAUAGGCAAGUUCAUCUUGGCACGAUAUGCUGGACAACAGUUUAAAAUUAGAGUUGGAAAUAAAGAAGAUUACUUUGCAUUAUUAGCAGAGAAGGUUUGGCCGACAACAAUAAAUGGAAUAGACAUUAAGGUUUCAACACCAAACUUCGUACCGGAACAAUUCACCUUAGUUGUAAGGUACGUUCCUCAAACAUUCAGUAUAAAGCAAGUAGAAGACGAAGUAAAACUAUCGGCAAAAUCAGCUGCAAAUUUUAGACGUAUUGUCUAUUCGUAUGAAAGAUCUACACAUGAUUACCGUUUCACGGUCAGUGAUCUGAACGAGCACAAAGGUUUGUUAGCAUUAGAGCGAAUUGGUAUAGGUAAUUUAAUUCGCCCAAUUACACAGUAUCUUCCGGCCAAUAAAUUAACGUAUUGUACAAAACGUUGGAAAAUAGGACAUACAAAAGAUCAAUGUGAUCAAUCAAUAUUUAGAUGUAAAAUCUGUUUACAAGAACUCAAUCCCAAUCACAAUGAAGUAUAUAAUAAGCAACCAUCAUACGCUCAAUGUGGUCUGAAUCAUCAAUCGUUGAACCCAGUCUGUGCUGUGAUACAACAGUACCGUAGCGAUUUAAAUAAUGCUGUUAAAAAGGCGUUAUACGAUGGUGUUCUAAAGCGCCCUGAACUACAACAACAAAUGCAACAAAAACAACCGGGUUUCAUUCUCAAUAAAGACGAUUUUCCUGUUUUAAACCUUACAAAAAACAAUCGUAAUAGCUUACAGCAAGAAGGGUCUCAUCCAAAUGAUGACCUAUCAAAUUCUCAACUGUUCACCCAAUUGAAAGAUAUUUUUGAGUUAAAAUUUGAGAAACAAAUGGGUGAAAUUCAGCAGAUUUCGUCAACAAGUUGA